AGAACUUAUUGAAAUGCAAAAUCACAGGCAACCAUAGAUUUUGUACUGUUAGUUGUAGCAGGAGAACAUCUUCUUCCACCACGGAACAUCGAACCAAAUCCGUCUACGGCUUUUACGCGGUUGAAGCUCACACUGUAUGCAGGCCUGACUGUAUGUAAAUCAAUAUGCUUUGGAUUAAACGUUUCUGCUUCGUUAUGACUAUCGUUUCUGCUGCUGCUCCGCUUACGGAAUUGGAAUCCGCCUUAAAUUCGUUAAUUGAAGUCUAUCAUAAGUAUUCCAAUACAAGUACCAACCUCAUUGACCAUCAAGGAAUAGAGUUACUUUGCUCCGAUUUGGAUGUCUCUCCUACUGAUGUCCGAAUCUUGAUGCUUGCUUGGAAAAUGAAAGCUGAGAAACAAGGUUACUUUACACAGGAGGAGUGGACAAGAGGCCUUCUGGCUUUAAGAGCUUAUACACUCAGUGAAUUGAAGAAUGCCCUUCCCGAGCUCGAGAAAGAUGUCAGGAUGCAAUCAAAUUUCGCAGAUUUCUAUGCUUAUGCCUUUACCUAUUUUUUAACAGAGGAAAAACAGGGGAGCAUUGACAUAGAGACUAUAUGUCAACUCCUAGAUACGGUCAUGGGAUCUACAUUCCGACCCCAAGUUGACUACUUUAUCGACUACUUAAAGAUCCAAAACGAGUACAAAGUCAUAAACAUGGAUCAAUGGAUGGGCUUUUAUAGGUUCUGCAAUGAGAUAAGUUUCCCGGACAUGACGGAGUACAACCCAGGGCUUGCAUGGCCGUUGGUUCUCAACAGUUUUGUGGAGUGGAUUCGUGAAAAACAAGCUUGAAAGCUUAACACACUGGUCCUCAGGUCUUUGCAGGAUCGUUUGGCUCAACAAACAGAUUCAGCAAAAUUUUAUUUCAGUUCUCAUCCUUCAAAACUUUAUUAGAAAGAUACAUAAUAUAUGACACGUGUGUUACAUGUGAAUUGUGAUCAACUUCGAUAGAGGGGAUACACUACACAUUAUUAUUAUUACGUUUGAAAUAUCGUAUCCAACAUUUGUAUUUCUGAUGGUUAUCCAGAGCCACACCCCAUAAUAAACAUCCUCCGUUCAUCAUCUCUAAGGACGGUGAUGGCGCUCUGCUUGGCCUGAUACUCAUUAUUUUCAUUUUUUUAAUUAUCUAAUCUAAUUUAUGGAUGGAAAAAUGGAAAUAAUACGUGGACACUCUUCAGUCAUAUCUCCAACCUCUGUUAUCUUUUAAAUAUCAGGUGGGAGUAUUAUUGACAAAGCCUUCAGAAUGUUGUAGCAGGAGAACAUCUUCUACCAUGGAUCAGGAUCAGGUUUCUCUCUCUCUCUUUCUCAUAUUUAUUGAAUCAAUUCCGUCUAUGGUCUAUGUUUAUUUAUUAUGCUGAAAGUUAGAUUGAAAAUCACGAGCAGCCUUUUAUAGGAGCUGGUGAUAGAAGAACAUGUAUGAAAUUUGUUUGAACAAUUGAAGCUCACACUGUAAAUCACUAAUUGACAAUUUAAUUGAUUAGCCUCCCCUCCCCUGCUUUGUUUUAACGUUUCUACUUCGUCAUGACUUUUCUGUAACUUUGUUUUUUUUUUUUUGUCAUUCAUUCAGCUAGAAAGAAGUAUAGAAACUAUAAUUAAUAUUUUUCAUCAGUAUUCCAAAACAAGUUCCAAGCCCGGUUAGUACCAUUCAGCUUUUUUUACGUGAUCACAGACUCUUAAGUUCAAAGCACGUAGUCUUCACUUCAGUAACCAAAGCUUCUUCAGUGAGAUAUCUGUAUUUCAGUACUGUAUCACCUCUUUUAUGUUUGUAUGAUCUUUUGUUUGCUUUUCAAUUCAGAGGAAAAACAGGGGAGCAUUGACAUAGAGACUAUAUGUCAACUCCUAGAUACCGUCAUGGGAUCUACAUUCCGACCCCAAGUUGGCUACUUUGUCGAGUAUUUAAAGGUCCAAAACGACUACAAAGUCAUAAACAUGGACCAAUGGAUGGGCUUUUACAGGUUCUGCAAUGAGAUAAGUUUCCCGGACAUGUCGGAAUACAAUCCAGGGCUUGCAUGGCCAUUGCUUCUCAACAAUUUCGUGGAGUGGGUUCGUGAAAAACAAGCCUGAGAAAAGCUUAAAACAUCUUUAUGAAUCCCCUCCAAGUCAUUUACUUGGGAUUCUUGGGCUCAAACAAACAGAUUCAGCAAAAAAAAAUUAUUUCAGUUCUCAUCCUUAAAAACUUCAUGAGAGAAAAAACACAUUAUAUGAUUUCUGUUAAGUGUGAAUACGUGAUUAUUAACUUGAAAAGAGGGGAAACACAUUUUAAGUUUUGAAACAUUA